AUGCCCAAGAACAAGGGAAAAGGCGGCAAGAACCGCAGAAGAGGAACCAAGGAGAACGAUGACCAGCGCCGAGAGCUGACCUUCAAGGAGGACGGCCAGGAGUAUGCCCAAGUCGUGAAGAUGCUGGGUAACGGCCGACUCGAGGCUAUGUGCUUUGACGGCAGCAAGCGUCUCGCCAACAUCCGUGGUAAGAUGCGCAAGAAGGUCUGGAUCAACCAGGGCGACAUCAUCCUCCUCUCCCUCCGAGACUUCCAGGACGGCAAGGGCGACGUCAUUCUCAAGUACACCUCCGACGAGGCCCGUAAUCUCAAGAACCUCGGCGAGCUUCCCGAGAACGCAAAGAUCAACGAGACCGACACCUACGGCCAGGACGGCGACGACAACGCCGGCUUCGAGUUCGGCGCUGACGAGUCCGAGUCCGAGGACGAGACCGACGACAAGAAGGAGCUCGACAUUGACGACAUUUGA